UCCAAAUUAAAAGCUAGAUUAAAAAGGUAAGUCUUAAGUUUACUUCAGUUUUACUACGUCUCAGCAGGAUGUGCUGCUUGUGUGAGGUUUCUCCAGACAAACAGAAAAAAAGGGGAUUCCCGGGUGACUGAGAGCAAGAGGAUCUGCAUGUGUGUAAAGAGCUGUUGUUGCAGACAGACUUUACUUCCUCAUUUCAGCAACAGACCAGCUCUUCUCUCCAAGUAUGGCCAGCAAAUAUGGCAACAGCAUGUCUGCUCCCAACAAACCAAACCACAAGGCCUUGUGUGCCAAAUUCGUUGCUGUGCUUUUAUUCCUGAGUUGCUUGAGGGAAAGCCAAUCUUUGGGGUCCCCUCACUACCUCGCACAAGACCAGUCUCAGGUCCUGUCAUCAAACAUGGCUGACAGUUCCUGUGAAACCCAGGAAUUGUUCCGGUACAAUAAUGAAGAGGUCCGGAUUGUGAUGGUGGGAAAGACCGGAGCUGGGAAGAGCGCCUCAGCAAACACUAUUCUGGGAGAAGAGAAAUUCAAAUCUAGGUUUUCCCCUAAAUCUGUGACAGAGCAGUGUGCGAAGGGUGCUGCUGAGGUGAACGGACAAAAGGUUGCUGUCAUCGACACUCCUGGUCUGUUUGACACCAGGAUUGAUGAAGAAAAACUCCUUAAAAAUAUUUCCAAGUGCAUUAAUUAUGCAUCUCCAGGACCCCACAUCUUUCUGGUCGUCAAUAAACUGGACAGAUACACGGAGGAAGAAAAGAAGACGGUGCAGAUGAUUCAGCAAAUUUUUGGAGAGGAAGCAGGCAAAUACAGCAUGGUUCUCUUUACCCAUGGUGACCUGCUCAGAGGGACACCUAUCGAGGAGUUCUUGGAGGAAAGUGAAGAACUGCAGGAGCUGGUGGCAAAGUGUAACGGGCAGUACCACGUCUUUGAUAACAACCUGCAGGAUCGUUCUCAGGUCACAGAGUUGCUCAGCAAGAUCAUAAAAAUCACACAGAAGAACGGAGGAACCCAUUACACCACUGAGAUGUUCCAGAGAGUAGAGAGGGCGAUCGAAAAGGAGAAACAACGAAUCCUGAGAGAGAAAGAGGAGAAGAUGCGCAAAGAGCAAGCAGAACUGAAGAGAGUAAUAGAGGAACAAUAUGAGAAACAAAUAAGGGAAGCAAAUGCUAAUCUGGAGAGAGAGAGAGAGCUCAGAGCUGCUCUUGCAAGAGAAAAAGACAACCAAAUAAAUGCACUGAGAGAACAGCAGAACAGGAGGGCUAGGAGGAGAGCAAAGAACAGCUCUGGCAGGCUGGCUGGGAUAGGUAAAAUCAUAGGAGGAGUGUUGGUGGCUCUUAAAUUAUUUUUCUGAGUAAAAAUCACAUCUCACUUAGCUGCCCUGAUUCUUUAUCUUCAAUAUGAUUUCAGUUUUUAAAACCAAUCUGCUGAUCCAAGAUACCCUUUGCUUUCUAUCUCAUACCAGUGUUUCCCCACCAUUAUAUAAGGGGGCCCCCAACAGCGGCACCCGCCCCCCCCUUGGAAGUUCAGUUAACUUUAUUUUCAAUAUAGCGCCAGAUCACAGCAGAAGUAAUUCAAGGUAACCUCUUUUAUAGAUCAGGUCUUGAACUUGUUCUUUUAUUAAACAGACUAAAUAUCCUUAUGUUAGUUAUCUGAUUUACAUGAUGGGAUGUCAUUUCUAUCUCUACAUGGUCGCGCGUCUACAAUGCUCACCUGCCCUCUGUAUCCUACAUGGCAGAGUUCCGACCUGAUGCGCACACAAUAACACAAACACGUGCGCUCGCAUACACACAGACGAGUACACUCCGUACAGCGGACUGAGGAGGCGAAAGAAUGCCGCAACCACCACAAGAAAAGCAGAAAAAAAAUCUCUGCCUUUUUUAAGUGCUCUCUGGGCCAUCUCUAUGAGGAUGGGGAACGCUCGCUCUCCUGCGAGUAGCAGCCGGAGUAGAUCUCCUGCUUCGGGUCCAAGUACAGAAAAGAGCCAGAGUGCUCCACGCUCUGCCCCUGACCAGCAGCAGAAGUCCAGUCACCAUCGUGUUUCAGGUUUAGAUCUAGCUUGGCUGUCAGAGGGGAAAUACUCCCUCUGGCUGUAAGUACUGAUCUUGGUAAGUAAGUAAGUAAGUAAAAACAUGUUAUUAACAAGAAAAACUAUGACUCCUUCAAGUGUGUUUGACACCCACACCCACCCACACACACACACACACACACACACCCACACACAUUAAAAGCCCCUCAGACCCUGUUUGAUGCUUUUAUUGUGAAACCACGGUGGCAAGGAAAUAUAUUGUAAAUGAAAUGUUGAUAACAGUUUUAAUAAAUGUUGUGGCUAUUUUCUUGAGCAUGUUUCAUAUUUUGGAAAAGAGCUUUAUGAAAAUUGUAUUAUUAAAUGUAUAAUUAUUUAUAUUAUUCCAAAGGGGUCUGGUUUUAUCUCAAAUUGUACCUUUAAAGUCAGUAAAUGUGUUUUUAAAAUCAAAUGUACUUCAGUGAUAUUAAUGAAAUGUUGCAUCACUGUGUGAAUACUUGUUGGUGGGCUUAAAGAAAUGUGCUUUAUGUAGUUUUCUUUUUAUAAUCUUAAUAAAAAGUUGUGUAAACUCUA